AGCUGCUUCCGGGUCGCAGCCGGCGCUAUGGCGGCUGACACGCAGGUUUCUGAAGCACUGAAGCGAUUUGCAGUGAAAGUGACCACAUCUAGUGUGAAGGAACGAAGAGAGAUCCUCAAUGAGCUUGGAAGAUGCAUCACUGGAAAAGAUCUGCCGGAAAGUGCAGUGAAAGGCCUCUGCAAGUUGUUCUGCCUCACUCUGCAUCGCUACAGAGAUGCAGCCUCACGCAGAGCCCUCCAAGCGGCCCUUCAGCAGCUUGCCGAAUGCCAGCCAGAGGCGACGGCAAAGAACCUCCUGCAGUCCCUGCAGUGUUCGGGAAUUAGCAGCAAGUCCGGGGGACCCAGUAAAAGCAGUGGAUCCGCUGCCUUGCUGGCCCUGUCCUGGACAUGUCUGCUUGUUCGCAUCGUCUUCCCCACGCAUGAGAAGAGACAAGGAGAAACAUGGGAGAAACUAGUGGAAGUUCAGUGUUUGCUUCUCUUGGAGGUUCUGGGGGGUUCUCGCAAGCCUGCGGUGGACGGAGCAGUGAAGAAACUGAACAGACUGUGGAAAGAGAAUCCCGGGCUGGUGGAUCAAUACCUCUCCGUCAUCCUUGGCCUUGAAGCCAACCAGGGUUAUGCAGCCAUGCUGGGCCUGCUGGUGCAGUUCUGUACCAGCCAGAAAGAGCUCAGCAUCAUUAACAGAUACAAGAGCGCCCUCCUCGAUUUCUACAUGAAGAACAUCCUGAUGAGCAAGACGAAACCUCAGAAGCACCUGCUGGGCAACUGUACUCCUCUGCUCCGAUACGUGUCGCAUUCUGAAUUCAAGGACCUCGUUUUGCCAGGUUUGCAGAAAUCCCUGCUGCGGAGCCCGGAGAAUGCCAUUGAAACGAUUUCUUGUUUGCUGGCCUCUGUAACCCUCGACCUCAGCCAGUACGCUCUGGACAUAGUGAAGGGGCUGGCGGGCCAGUUGAAAUCCAACAGUUCUCAACUGAUGGACGAGGCCAUCAUAGCGUUAAAGAACUUGGCUCGACAGUGCAGCGACCCAUCAACGGUGGAGUCCCUUGGGAAGCACCUGUUUGCCAUUUUGGGAGGUGCUGAGGGGAAACUGACAGUUGUGGCACAGAAAAUCAGCAUCCUCUCAGGGAUUGGCAGCUGUAGCCAUCAUGCGGUGUCAGGGGCCUCCAAUCAAGCGCUAAGCGAAUCCAUGACAGAACUUUUCAUCCCUUUUCUUCAGCAGGAAGUCCACGAAGGCACUCUGGUGCACGCCAUCUCUGUCCUUGCCCUUUGGUGUAAUCGGUUCACCACAGAAGUGCCCAAGAAGCUGGUUGAGUGGUUCAAGAAAGCCUUCAGCCUUAAAACCUGUACUUCGGCGGUCAGGCACGCGUAUCUCCAGUGUAUGCUGGCAUCCUUCAAAGGCAACGUCCUUCUGCAGGGCGUAGACAUGCUGCCGGUGCUGAUCCAGACGGUUGAAAAAGCAGCGGCGCAAAGCACUCAGGUUCCCCUGGUGACAGAAGGCGUGGCGGCAGCUUUGCUGAUUUGUAGGCUCUCGGUAGCUGAUGUGCAAAUAGAGAACAAACUGAACAGCUUCUGGCAGCUCAUUCUGGAUGAGAAAAAGCAGGUUUUCACUUCUGAGAAGUUCCUACAAUCUGCAUCCGAGGAAGCAAUGUGCACAGUUCUGCAGCUGACGGAGCGCCUCCUCCUGGACCACGAGCGUCGGCUACCUGGUGCCAAAGUCCAGCAGUAUCACAAAGCCCUGGCCGCGGUCCUCCUCAGCCGGUCGUGGUGCGUCCGAAGGCUCGCCCAGCAGACGGUGCGGAAGUUCUUGUCUUUGCCCAGGGGGUUCAAGUUAGCUUACGGGCUCCUAGAAGAGCUGAAGGUGGUUCUCAGUUCUCAUAAGGUGCUUCCCGCAGAGGCCUUGGUAACAGAGUCGGGAGAACUGUCCGAACAGGGGAGGACGUACAUCCCCCCUCGCAUCCUUCAGGAAACGUUGUGUGUCAUCUCCUGCGUGGCCGGCCUGGAGGGGGAUCCAGAGGAGAAGGAAAACCUGGCCUUGGAAAUGUUACUAGCCAGCAACCACCCUUCCCUCGUAGCAGUGCAGACUGGCCUUUGGCCAGCGCUCCUGAUCAAGAUGAAGGUUGAGCCUGUGGACUUCAUCACCAAAUACCUGGAAAAAAUCUUCGACCGAAUCCUUACCCAAAGCCCCAUGACUAAGUCGGCCCUGAAUGCGGUGGGCCUGCUGUCCGCCCUCUCGCCUUGCAGAGUCCUCCCUCGGGUGAUCAGCACCAUCUCCGCCUCUCUGGAGAACCCAGCGUUGGGUCUCGUCACCCAGGAGGAGUUUGCCAUCAUGAAGACGCCCGAAGGGGAGCUUUAUGACAAAUCCAUCUUGCACAGUGCUCAGCAGGACAGCCUGAAAAAGGCCAACAUGAAGAGGGAAAACAAGGCCUAUUCUUUCAAGGAGCAGAUCAUUGAGCUGGAGUUGAAAGAGGAGAUUAAGAAGAAGAAGGGAAUCAAGGAAGAGGUCCAGCUAACUAGUAAGCAGAAGGAGAUGUUGAAUGCCCAGCUGGAGAAAGAAUCUCAUACCAGGAAGCAACUGCAGAAGCUUGACAACGAACUGGAGUCCAUGCUGGGUCUUCUAGAUGCUGUUCUAAAGAGGAACACCCCAGGACUCUCCCAGUACAUCCCCGCUCUCAUUGGCUCCUUCCUGCCUCUGCUAAAAUCCCCCCUGGCUGCCCCCAGGAUUAAGACCCCUUUCCUUUCUUUGGCCUCCUGUGUGAUGCCUGCUCGCUUGAAGACUUUCGGUAUCGUAGUGAGUCAUGUGACUCUGCGGAUGAUGAAACCGGAAUGUGACUUGGAUGAGUCCUGGUGCCAGGAGGACCUGCCCACUGCCGUGAACCGAGUCGUUACCCUGCUGUAUGCGCACACCGUGCCUGGUCGGACGAGCAAAGGAGAGGCGGGUCCCGCGCCCUUAUCGGCCCCAGCGUUUUCCUUAGUCUUCCCCCUCCUCAAAACGGUGCUGCUCGGGACCGCCAACGACAGCGAGGAGAAGGAGGAGCUCAUGGUGAAGGCUCUGCAAACCAUCACCGUUCACGCUCAGCUGAGGUCCUCCUCCGAGGACCAGAACCUGCUGGUGGACGAGAACGGUCCUGAGUUACUGCCUCGCACGGACAUGCUGCUGCUCCUGACGAAAGUGAUUGGGACAGGUUCGCCACGCCUACAGGUUUUGGCAUCUAUUGCCCUGACGGCCUUGUGUGCCAGCAGCAGCGGAGAAGACAGCUGUGCUUACGCUGAGCAGGAGGAAAUUGACGUUUUACUCCAGGCCCUUCAGUCUCCGUGCAUGAAUGUUCGAGAUGCAGCCCUCCGGGGCCUGAUGGAACUGCAGAUGGUGCUGCCCACCCCAGAUAGCGAUGAGAAAAACGGGCUGAAUCUUUUGCGCCGUCUCUGGGUGGUGAAGUUUGACAGGGAAGAAGUCAUUCGAACGUUGGCCGAGAGGCUGUGGGAGUCGAUGGGUUUGGAGCUGCAGCCCGAUAUCUGCUCAGUCCUCAUCAAAGACGUCAUCCACUACGAGGAAGCCGUGCGUCAGGCUGGGGCAGAGGCGCUUUCCAAGGGCGUGGAGCAAUACCGAAGCCAAACGCAGGAUGUCAUGGCCAAACUGAUGGAGAUUUAUCAGGAGAAGCUCUAUAGGCCCCCGCCGGUUUUGGAUGCUCUGGGACGCGUGAUAUCCGAAUCUCCGCCUGACCAGUGGGAAGCCAGGUGUGGCAUUGCUUUGGCCCUGAACAAGCUCUCUGAGCACCUGGACGGCUCGCAGGUGAAGCCCCUUUUCCAGUUCUUCGUGCCGGAUGCCCUGAAUGACCGUAACCCCGAGGUCCGGAAGUGUAUGCUGGAUGCGGCCCUCUCGGCGCUCAAUACCCACGGAAAGGACAGUGUCAACUCCCUGCUGCCUGUGUUUGAGGAGUUCCUGAAGAACGCGCCAAAUGAUGCCAGUUACGACGCCGUCCGGCAGAGCGUGGUCAUUCUGAUGGGCUCCCUGGCCAAACAUCUGGACAAGAGCGAUCCGAAAGUCAAGCCCAUAGUUGCCAAACUUAUCGCAGCGCUUUCCACUCCGUCGCAACAGGUCCAGGAGUCCGUGGCCGGCUGCCUGCCGCCCCUGGUGCCUGCAAUCAAAGAAGAUGCGGGUGGGAUGAUACAGAAGCUGCUGCAGCUGCUGCUGGAGUCCGACAAGUACGCCGAGCGGAAGGGCGCUGCCUACGGGCUUGCCGGCCUGGUGAAAGGCCUGGGCAUCCUCUCUCUUAAGCAGCAGGAAAUGAUGGCGAAGUUGACCGAUGCCAUCCAAGACAAGAAGAACUUCCGCCGGCGAGAAGGGGCCUUGUUUGCCUUCGAGAUGCUCUGCUCCAUGCUGGGGAAGCUCUUUGAGCCCUACGUGGUGCACGUCUUACCCCACUUGCUGCUCUGCUUCGGAGACGGGAACCAGUACGUCCGAGAGGCCGCAGACGACUGUGCCAAGGCCGUGAUGAGUAACCUGAGUGCCCACGGCGUGAAGCUGGUGCUGCCCUCCUUGCUGGCUGCGCUUGAGGAGGAGUCUUGGAGAACCAAAGCUGGGUCAGUGGAACUGCUGGGGGCCAUGGCCUACUGCGCUCCCAAGCAGCUCUCCUCGUGCUUGCCAAACAUCGUGCCGAAGCUCACGGAAGUGCUCACGGACUCGCACGUGAAGGUCCAGAAGGCCGGACAGCAGGCCCUCCGGCAAAUUGGAUCGGUGAUCCGGAACCCUGAGAUCUUGGCGAUCGCACCGGUUCUGUUGGACGCCUUGACGGAUCCGUCCAGGAAGACCCACAAGUGCCUGCAGACCCUGCUGGACACCAAAUUUGUCCAUUUCAUCGAUGCGCCUUCCCUGGCCCUCAUCAUGCCUAUCGUCCAGAGGGCUUUCCAGGAUCGCUCCACGGACACCCGGAAAAUGGCCGCCCAGAUCAUUGGGAACAUGUAUUCCCUGACGGAUCAGAAGGAUCUGGCUCCUUACCUGCCCAGUGUGACUCCCGGAUUGAAGACCUCUCUGCUGGACCCUGUGCCCGAGGUGCGCACCGUGUCGGCGAAGGCGCUGGGCGCCAUGGUGAAAGGGAUGGGCGAGUCGUGCUUCGAGGACUUGCUGCCUUGGCUGAUGGAGACCCUGACGUACGAGCAGAGUUCGGUGGAUCGCUCUGGAGCCGCGCAAGGCCUGGCUGAAGUCAUGGCAGGUUUGGGAGUAGAAAAGCUUGAGAAACUGAUGCCAGAAAUCGUUGCCACGGCAAGCAAAGUGGACAUUGCGCCCCACGUGCGGGACGGCUAUAUCAUGAUGUUCAACUACCUGCCCAUCACCUUUGGCGAAAAGUUCACACCUUACGUUGGGCCCAUCAUACCUUGCAUCCUUAAGGCACUGGCAGACGAGAAUGAGUUUGUGCGGGACACGGCCCUCCGCGCCGGACAGAGAAUUAUAAGUAUGUACGCCGAGACCGCCAUUAUGCUACUCUUGCCACAGCUGGAGCAAGGUCUCUUUGAUGACCUUUGGCGAAUCAGGUACAGCUCAGUUCAGCUGCUUGGAGACCUCCUCUUCCAUAUUUCUGGAGUCACCGGGAAAAUGACCACAGAGACGGCCUCCGAGGACGACAACUUUGGAACAGCCCAGUCCAACAAGGCCAUCAUUAACGCGCUUGGAGUGGAACGGAGGAACAGAGUGUUGGCGGGGCUGUACAUGGGCCGCUCGGACACCCAGCUGGCCGUCCGCCAGGCGUCCUUGCACGUUUGGAAAAUUGUGGUUUCGAACACGCCUCGCACUCUCCGUGAGAUUUUGCCGACCCUUUUCGGCCUCCUGCUGGGCUUCUUGGCCAGCACUUGCUCAGACAAGAGAACAAUCGCGGCGCGGACGUUGGGGGACCUCGUCCGAAAGCUGGGGGAGAAGAUUCUCCCGGAAAUCAUCCCCAUUUUGGAAGAAGGGCUGAGGUCCGAGAAGAGCGACAAGAGGCAAGGCGUCUGCAUCGGCCUGAGCGAGAUCAUGAAAUCCACCAGCAGGGAUGCGGUGCUGUGUUUCUCCGAGUCGCUGGUGCCAACCGUGAGGAAAGCGCUCUGCGACCCUCUGGAAGAAGUCCGAGAAGCGGCGGCCAAAACCUUCGAACAGCUGCACUCCACCAUCGGGUACCAGGCUCUGGAAGACAUCCUGCCUUUCUUGUUGAAGCAGCUGGAAUGCGAAGAGACCUCAGAGUUUGCUUUGGACGGCCUGAAGCAAGUGAUGGCUGUGAAGAGCCGGGUGGUGUUGCCUUACUUGGUGCCAAAGCUUAUUUCCCCGCCUGUGAACACCAGAGUCCUGGCUUUCCUCUCCUCUGUGGCUGGCGAUGCUCUCACUCGGCACCUUGGCGUCAUCUUGCCUGCCAUGAUGUCUGCGCUAAAGGAGAAGCUUGGGACAGGUGAAGAGCAGCAGGAGAUGCUGAACUGCCAGGUCGUCAUCUUGUCUGUGGAAGACGAGGCCGGGCAGAGGAUCAUCAUUGAAGAUCUGCUGGACGCGACCCGCAGCCCUGAGGUGGGGCUGCGGCAGGCGGCGGCCGUCAUCCUCAACAUCUACUGCUCCAAGACCAAGGCGGACUACACGGGCCACCUGCGCAACCUGGUCUCGGGCUUGAUCCGGCUCUUCAACGACACCAACGCCGUGGUUCUCAACGAAAGCUGGGACGCCCUCAACGCCAUCACCAAGAAAUUAGAUGCCGGCAACCAGCUGGCGCUCAUUGAGGACCUUCACCGGGAUAUUCGCAUGGUCGGGAAUGACGCUGGCGGGGAGCACGUGCCGGGAUUCUGCAUUCCGAAGAAGGGGGUGACGUCCAUCCUGCCCGUGCUGCGGGAGGGAGUCCUGACGGGCAGCUCGGAGCAGAAGGAGGAGGCGGCGAAGGCUUUGGGCCUUAUGAUCAGGCUGACCUCCGCGGAAGCCCUGAAACCUUCUGUUGUGAGCAUCACUGGGCCCCUCAUCCGUAUCUUGGGAGACAGGUUCAGCUGGAACGUCAAGGUGGCGCUGCUCGAAACGUUAAGCCUUCUCCUGGCCAAGGUGGGCAUUGCCUUGAAGCCAUUCCUGCCUCAGCUGCAGACCACCUUCACCAAAGCGUUGCAAGACCCCAACCGCGUGGUCCGCCUGAAGGCAGCGGAUGCUCUGGGGAAGCUGAUAGCCAUCCAUGCCAAAGUCGACCCGCUCUUUACGGAAUUGCUGAACGGCAUCCGCACCAGCGAAGAUUCUGGCGUCAGGGACACCAUGCUGCAAGCCCUCCGGUUUGUAACUCAGGGCGCUGGUGCUAAAGUGGAUGCUGCCGUUCGGAAGACUAUUACCACGGUGCUUCUAGGCAUGUUGGGCCAUGACGAGGAUGCCACCCGCAUGGCCUCAGCAGGCUGCCUGGCAGAGCUGUGUGCAUUUCUAUCGGAAGAGGAGCUUGGCAGUGUUCUCCAGAAUCAUCUGUUAGCGGACGUCUCCGGCAUCGACUGGAUGGUGAGGCACGGCCGCAGCCUGGCACUUUCUGUGGCCGUCAGCGUCGACCCCAGCAGAGUCUGCGCCCCCAAAUACUGCAACAGCGUCCACGAGAUGAUCUUUAGCAAUACCCUUGCGGACCGAAUUCCAAUCGCCAUCAGCGGCAUCCGAGGGAUGGGCUUUCUGAUGAAGCACCACAUCCAGGCCAACGGGGGGAGCCUGCCCCCCAAACUCUCCAACCUCUUCAUUAAGUGUCUUCAGAAUCCAUCCAGCGACAUCAAAUUAGUCGCAGAGAAGAUGAUCUGGUGGGCCAAUAAACACCCUCUGCCUCCUUUGGAUCCCCAGACGGCUAAACCAGUCCUCAAGGCACUCCUGGACAAUACGAAAGAUAAGAACACCAGUGUGAGAGCCUACAGCGACCAGGCCAUUGUUAACCUCCUGAAGAUGAGGGAGGGCGAAGAAGUACUUCAGUCGAUCUCCAAGAUCUUAGAUUCUGCCAGUUUGGAACUACUGAACGAGAGCUCCCGCCGAUCUCUGAAGAAACUUGCUAGCCAAGCUGACUCUUUCGAACAAAUCGACGACACGAUCCUCACGUGAUUUGGGAGACGCGGAAGGAAGGCCGGCCCCUGGACCCCAGCACCGCAUCAACAUCGCAACUCAGAACCGAUGGAAAUGUUUUCAUUUUUGAAAAUGCUAAAUCUGAUGGGAGUUUACCAAAAAAAAAAGGGCUUCCGGAGUAUUUUAAUAAAAGAAAUAUACCAGAAUAGCCUUAAUUGGAGUUCUCCUAGUGUGAAAAACAACAAAUUUGCCUCCCUCCUCCCCCGCUGUUUUUUGGAAUAUAGAGUACAUAGUAAGGAGCCCUAUCAAUCGGUUACAAGUAACUGGUAGUUGGUUCUGUGGUGAAUUUCCCCCCUCUGGGUUAAAGGAGCAGUUUCCACUUAACGUUAAGUGGGAAUUAGAAUUCUCUGAAAGUCAAGCAGUUUGUUGUAAUGUUCUGUUGAUUUGCUGUUUCUUGCAGCUCUGAAGGCUGCAAAUUCUGUAAAUCAAAACUAUUUAAAGAGCCUUAGAAAUUAAGAGGCAAAAGGGGGGAUGGAAAACAGGCUGUUUGAAUGACAGUUUAAUAAAAAGCUUUGAACUUCA